AUGGGCCAGUUAGGGGGCUUGUCGCCGGGUGGAAGCAUUGUGGUGGGAAUGUCCAUGUUCGUCAUCUCCAAUAUCAUCGGGAGCACAAUCCAGAUCACAACCCUACCUCUCCCCGUGCUAUCCACUCUACAAGCGGCCGGCCUCGUCUUUAAUACGAUAUUCGCAGCCUUGAUCCUUGGGGAGCCGUUCACCCGUUAUUCCAUCUUUGGCACUAUCCUUGUAUCUAUCGGAGCUGUCAUGAUCGGCAUAUUCGGCGCGAUUGGAGAGCCUGCACAUACCCUGGACCAGCUGCUGGUCUUGCUUGGUCGCCGCCCAUUUAUACUGUGGAUGGCCGCUACAGCCGUCCUUGUAGCAAUAACCCUCCUAGGCGCCCGCAUGCUGAGACUUAUCUCUACCCCGGGUCAAACUCGAGAGUGGAUUAGGAAAUAUUGUAUACCUAUAUUAUAUACUCCGCCUCUCCACGGCCACCAUAGUCCGCGCAUAAAAGUGCUUCGUGGGAUGAUGUACGGAUCGGUCAGCGGCAUUCUGUCCGCACACUCGCUUCUGUUCGCGAAAUUAGCUGUCGAGCUGAUAGUCCGUACCGUAAUAGACCGCAUGAACCAAUUCAACCGAUGGCAGUCUUGGAUCAUCCUACUGACCCUUGUUGUGCUUGCUUUAACACCACUGUAUUACAUGCAUUGCGGCCUCAAGCUGUGCAGCACCAGCAUUCUUUACCCAUACGUCUUUUGCAUAUACAAUGUUAUAGCAAUCCUGGACGGGCUUAUAUAUUUCCAUCAAGGCUCGCGACUUUCGGGCUUUCAUGCGGGCCUUAUAGCACUAGGAACCAUAAUCCUCUUAUCUGGCGUUCUCUGUUUAUCUUGGAGAUUGGAGCCCGUCACCCCCCACCCGGGAACAGUAUCAGUUGGACCGCCCCCAUCGCUAACUCCUGGCCUUGGUUUACUCGAGGAGCAGCCCACCCUUCCAGAAUACACAUACUACCCCGAGGACGAAGAAACAACCUUGGGAGAACGUCAACCUCUUCUCCAAACACGACAACUGCAAGCGCAAAAACCUAGAAAGCAACAACAGAAACCCCCUUCGCCUUCCCGCCGUCACACGCGUACGCUAACCGAUCUCUCCCCCAAUAUCCGCCGCAACACCCGAACAAGCCUUGAAACAGCCGAAAUCUGGGCUGAGCUCGACGAUUCCGAGGACAACCUCGAUCUUGAAUCCCUCACACAGCCCUCCUCCCCCAUACUUCCUUACAGCCCUACUAUUAUUUCUCCACACAAACGACACCGCAGUACGAGCGGCAUCUCAUCCCAUUUCAACAUCACACGCAAUAAAUACCGUUCAUCCAGCCGCAACGACGGCAACGAGAACAAUAACAACAUCAGUAUCAACGACCCAUCCUCUCCUUCUCCAUCUCCAGCAAGGCUGAAUGGCCACGGGCAGCAGGUUCGCAGAGCCCUCCGUUCCACAUCGUGGACCUGGAGCUCGCCGUCGCGCCUUCGGCGUCCUCUGUUCCGUAAUCGUGAUACCAAUAACAGUGGCGAACAACGGCUCUUGUCGUCACCGCUUGUUGUCAAUUAUCGGGACGCAGUGAUACCGAGGGAUGAUAGUAGUACGCCUGCGGGUGUUGGUGGUGUCUAUGGUGGCGUCGAUGGUGCUGAAGCUGAUACCAAUGCGGGCCCGGGUGGCCGUGGCAACUCCAGUGAGGAGCAGAGAUCUCAAGAUCGAUCGCAAUUCACUAGCCCAUUGCGCUAG